AUGACAGAAAAACUGAAAAAUACGAUACAAAAAUAUAUGAAAACAAUAUUACUUGUUUUAAGUUGGUGUAUGUUGGGACUUUGUGGUGAAAUAAUUGGUCCAACAAUGACUAUUCUUGCACAUAAUAUACAAGUUACAUUUAAUGGUAUGGCAACAGUACUUGCAUCAGCAAGUGCUGGUGGUUUGAUAACAAAUAUUAUCUGUGGUAUUUUUCAAAAUUUUAUUAAUAAUUAUUCAGAAUUAAUGUUAACUACUGCCUUUUUUAUGUCAGCUUUACGUAAGUUCUAGAAAAAAAAUCUAUCAUCGUUUUUUUUGAAAAUUCUCUAUUUAUUAGUUAUGUCUAUUAUCCCAUUU